AUCAAAGAACACGCAGGAGAAGACCCUAAAGAGAAAGAUAAAAGAAUUUUGAAGGACAUUUUUCAUCAUCCUCUACCCGGAUCAGGCACUAGCGGUCGACCACAUAAAAAGGUAAGGACAAACCUUUUCAAAAUUGUCCAUAUUGACUAAUUUAAAUUUAUGUGCCUGGUCAGGUAACAGAUGGUGUAGUUUUGGUAUGAGAAUGGGGCUUUAAGAAGUUAAAGAAUAAUAGAAGAAAAAAGUAAAAUACGCGUAAAUGGUCUGGGACCAUAAAGGAUCUGGGAUCCAAGAAAAUAGAAGUAUAAGAGUUAAAGAGAAAUAGAGAUAAGAGUAAAAACAGAAUAAGUCAAAAGUGGACAAUUUUAAGUGUGGAGUGAAUGAGUGAUUGGAUGUAGUAUUCAGAGAAUAUUAAAAACUGUGUGUGGCUGGGAUAGGACCCCCAGCAAUCGACCGCAGGAGAUUAUAUCCUGUAGAAGCUUGUCGAUUGGGCCUCACACCGUGGCAUUGUGUCCAUAUUCCUGAAUCAGUACAUCAUUUGUGUUUAGAAUCAAGAGUCAAAAAUGUCAGAUUUACAACCUUUUUAUCCAAUGUGGAUUAAAGUCCAAAAUCUGGUAAAUCUGGGAACACCAGUAGAAAAUAGAGAUGCCGUAAAGAAAAAGUUUCAGAAAUAUACACAAAAAUGGCAGGAGGACAACCUCCUACCCCAGAAUUAUGAUAUGGUUCAGUGGCCUAUUGUAAGUAAAUUAAUGUUUAGCAUAUACAAAAAGAUAGACACAGAAUCUAAGGAUAAAAAACAAGAAUUAGAAAAGGCCAAAAUAUUUUCUAAAUCAAAAAUUAAAAAACAGUUUAAGGAAUUACAGAAUGAUGCUUCUCUCUGCCAUUUGGCUGUAUUAUCAGUUGAGCAGCUGUGGAGACAAGACCAGCUAGAUGGAAAAGGACGGAAAGAGGGACGGAAAGAAGAGUCAGAUUUAGAAAAGUCAGAAAGUCAGACGGAAAAAAUAAAAUUAGAAAAAGGUCACACUGAGCCAGAAAAAGGAAAGAAAGAGAAAAAGAAGGGUGUUAAGGGUCUUUAUCCUUUACUUCAUGACAGUCAGACCAUGAUCCUUAGUUCACCACUCCCUCCCUAUCAGCCAAUAAUACAAGCGCCAGUAAUGGACUUAGAAGGACAGGUUCAAGUUAAAGGACAGCUUAAAUUUGAAGAAGUUAAGGGUCCAGAAGAAGCAGGUCCAUCAGAACUAAGGGAUUGGCAGAUGAGACAGUUGGAGGAUUUUCUUGGUGAUCACUGCAGACAUGGGGGGUUAGACAGAGAAGGACAAAGGGAGCAUAAUACAGGAAAAGCCUCCACUAGGAACUCUCUGAGGACUGAGAGCAGCAGGGGUGGCAAUCAGCAAGGCGUGCCUAAAGAGACAGAGGAAGAAAUGAACACAGAUCUGCUAGAAGCCUAUUUAGAUGAUAGCAGAAGAGAAUGGCAGCAGAGCAGGGAGAGAGGAAACAGUAGGUCAGGAAGCAGAGCAGGUAGUGUUUUGGGGAAAGAAGGAGGACAGGAAGGAAAAGAUCAGGUGGAUGACGAUCAAACUGAAGGACAGACACCUCAGAAAAACAGGCAUAGGCAUGACCAUACCCACCAGCACAGACAUGAACAUCAUUGGGUGGGUGACUCCUCCCCUGUGAGCAGCCAUACUAGGUCCAGACUUAAGGAAAAAUUAGGACCAGAAUACCAGUUACAGUGCCCACUUGUAGAUGUGGGUGGGGGACGGACCACAUAUAGACCUUGGAAAAUGGUUGACAAAGAGCUGAUACUGGGCAAGUUACCUAAACUCUCUGAUGGGGCCUCUGCAUGGAUCAGAAUGUUUGAGAACUUGACAGUCUCUAUCCCAUUGGCUAUGGGAGACUUUAGGUCUCUGUUGGCUGGAUCAGCCACAACUUCUGAUCUCAUGCAUGUGGAGGUUAGGGCUGGCAGUGCCACCGCCCCUGAUGAAGAGGAUUUUGAUUUACACAGACACAUGUUAUAUGCAGCCAUGAGAGAACGCUGGCAGACUUCCUCAUUUGAGGCCUUGGUAUUCACUCUUAAGGAUGGUGAAACACCUGAGGAAUUUAUCCUAAGGUCAAAAACCAUAUGGACUGACCACACAGGAAUGAACCCCUCUGGAAAUAAUCAGGGCAAUUUUACCUUAUUUAAGCAGGCUAUAAUUAGUGGCCUUCCCCAGGAGGUACAAACCAAGUUAUCUGACACCCCAGGCCUGAAUUCCAAACAGUGGGCUGAAUGGUUAGAUCAUGUGCAACACCACUUAAGGACAUAUCUUAAGAAACAACAGGAAGAUAAAGAGUCUCAGAAGGACAUGGAGUUGAGACUCCUUAAAAUGCAGCUUAGGGAAGCUGAAAGGAAAUGCACUGACAGUAAAAAAUCCACACCUAAACAGACUCCUGUGAUGCCUGAUCUCCCAGCUCCACAACAAUCACCUAUAACACAGACCCCACCUAUGAUCAUGGUACAGAUGCCACAACCACAGCAACAAUCCUAUCAAAAUUGGGGCCCUCCACGGCAGCUAUAUUUUAGAGGGCAUGGCCAAUUCGGCCCUAGAAGGGGACGGGGUGGUUUCAGAGGGAGAAGAGGCAGGAAUUAUGGAGGUUCUCAGUGGUCAGGCGACAACCAGUGCUGUUACAACUGUGGUCAGUCUGGACAUUGGGCACGAGACUGCCCUAACUCCCCUGUACAAGCCCAAGUUGGAGGUCAAGGACCACAAUUUCAUCCGGCACCGAACCCCAGCCAGGCACCAGGGCAGAUGUGGCAGGCCCCUGGUGGACAGUGGUCAGCAUAGAGGUGCCCAGAGAAAUCGCUGGAGCAAGGCUUGGCAGAACCUAUGCUCCAAAUGACUGUGGAAAAACACACACUGCCUUUUAUGGUGGACACUGGAGCCAGAUAUUCCACUCUCACAUCUUCUGUGCAGGUCUCCAUGUUAUCAGACCAGAAGGUCCCAGUGGUUGGUUUCUCGGGUA